CGUUCCUGACUGCUGCUGCAGCUCCUUUACUGUGUGCUCUCUCUCUCUCCCCCACCCCCCUUCUCCAAGCAGCUCGAAGCCUUGGGUCCGGUGCCCCCAAAAAUGGCGAAAUCGCCGGCCGAUCGGAGCCCAAUCUGAGCCCGCACGCUCCGCAGUAGCCCGAUCUCCCGAAUCCCCAAAAGCGCCCCGGUUGGAAAUGGCCGCCACUGCCCCGAUCGGGCUCGCGGCGCGCGAUUCGGUGGCGCGCUUUGGCCCGGGGGACCCGAGGGCCGCAGGUUUUCUGAUUGACUCUGACUGAGCCGUGGUUGCUCUCGCUCUUCGGUGGGGUUCCGUGUGUCCUGCGGAGAGAGCAGCGUCCGCGACGGGUAGUCGGCGGAUUGGAGGAAUGCUCAGCGAGAGCCCUUUGGCGAUGCGUCAGGAGAUGGGCGGCGUGAGAGAGGAGGAAGAGCCGGAGGACGAGCUUGACGCGCUGCUCCGUGCCGGUGGCGGCGGAGUGCGUCGGCGAGGGGAGGAGGCUGGUGAGAAGGAGCGGCUCAGCAUAUUCCGAAGCGGGUCGGCGCCACCGACCAUAGAGGGUUCGCUGAACGCCAUCGGCGGCCUGCUCCGCGGCGGUGGUGAGACGCCCCGGGCUGCUGCCGCCGUUCCUGAUACUGAGGAGUUGAACGGACAUGGCGGACUCCUGUCGGAGGAGGAGCUCCGGGCUGACCCAGCCUACCUGUCGUACUACUACUCGCACGCCAAUCUUAACCCGAGGUUGCCACCGCCGGUCCUGACAAAGGAGGACUGGCGGUCAACACAGCGGCUGAAGGCAGGGGUAGGAGUGGUGGGAGGGAUUGGGGACAGGAGAAAGGCAGUGCAGGAGGAGGCUGGACAGGGGAUGGCCGCCGGGAUGUCGCUGUUCCCGCAGAAUCCUGGUUUCGAUCGAGAGGAGGAUGGAAGCAAGGGUGUGGGCGGUGCUGCAGAGUGGGUGGAUAGAGGAGGUGAUGGGCUCAUUGGGUUAUCACUAGGACGGCAACGCAGCUUUGCUGAUAUGUUUCAGGAUAACCUUGGCCGCAGAACACCUACUUCAGAACAUUCCUCUCGUGCAGCCAGUCGCAAUUCAUUUCUUGACAACCAGGAAUCAGUUGAUCCUUCUGAGAACCAAUACUCUUUACAUAAUGAUACUAUGGAUGCACAGCGCUCUGUUGGUAAUGCACAAAGUGUCGGCGGUCUUUCCAGUAUUAAUGCAUCUGCAUCUCAAACUUUUGCUUCUGUUCUGGGUUCAUCAGCUUCAAGGAAUGCGACACCAGAUUCCCAUUAUAUCCCUAGGGUUCCUAGCCCUGGCCUUCCACCUGUUGGCGCUAGGAUUAGUUCUAAUGAGAAGAGACUGAAUUGCUCAUCGUCAUCAUUCAACACAGUAUCAUCAAAAGCACUUGAGCCUGAUGAUAUAUUAACUGCACUAUCUAGCAUGAACUUGUCAAAAGGUGGCACUUUGAACGACAACAGCAACAUUAGUCAAUCAAAGUUUCAGAGAGAGAUCAGUGACUACCAUAAUUUUGCUCUUGGCCUGCAAGCCGCUCAAGUCACCAGUAGGCAGUAUUCUGCGAUGUUGGAAGCAGAUGCUGAAUAUGCAGGUAUACCAUCAAAUUCUUCAUUUGCUGAUAUUAAGAAUAGUGCACCUAAUCCAGCAGACUUCAGAGGUUCCACGAACACAAGGUUUGAUGGACACGGGGAGAUAAAAAGAUCUUCUACUCUUUCUGCUCGUUCAUAUCAGAAGUCGCCACCAUCUUCUAAUGCAAGCCCAGGUGGUUCUCCUGCUCAACAUCAGAAUCUUGAUGGAACAAAUUCAGCAUUUCUUAACUAUGGGCUCAGUGGAUAUCCACUCAAUCCGGGUUUCAACUCUAUGAUGAUGAAUAACAUGGGUUCAGGUAGCAUGCCUCCUCUGUUUGAAAGUGGUGCAGCAGCAUCUGCUAUAGCUUCACUCGGGUCAGAUUCAAGAAACCUUGGUAGCAAUAUUUCAUCACCACCUGCCUUAAGUCUAUCUGAUCUGCAUAACCUUGGUAGAUCCAAUAAUCAAACAGCCACUGGUCUUCAGUCUCCUCUCUCUGAUCCUUUUUAUGUUCAGUAUCUGAAGACAGCUCAAUAUACAGCGCAGGAAGCAGCCAACUACAGUGAUCCUUACUUGGAAAGAGGUUUCGUGGGUAGUUCGUAUGCUGAUUUAACACCAGUUCAGAAAGCUUAUGUUGAAGCUUUGCUUCAGCAGAAGCAAUAUGGAAUGCCACUUGGUAAAUCAGUAGCCUCAAAUCAUGGUUAUUAUAGCAAUCUGGGUUACGGCAUGGGUCUGGCAUACCCUGGAAGCCCUUUGGGAAGUCCUGUUGCUUCCCCAUCAGGUCCUGGCAGUCCAAUUAGGCUCGGUGAGCGGAAUCUGAGGUUUCCUUCUAACACGAGAAGCUUGACUGGUUGGAAUGUUGAUCCAAGUGGCUAUAUGAAUGGGAACUUUCCAUCUUCACUUUUGGAUGAAUUCAAAAGCAAUAAGGCCAGAAGCUUUGACCUUGCUGAGAUUGCUGGGAAUGUGGUGGAGUUCAGCGCUGACCAAUAUGGAAGUCGUUUCAUACAGCAAAAACUUGAAACUGCGACAGUUGAGGAAAAAAACAUGGUUUUUGAGGAGAUCAUGCCUCACGCUCUCUCAUUGAUGACUGAUGUAUUUGGGAAUUAUGUAGUGCAGAAGUUUUUUGAGCAUGGGAGCUCCACACAACGCAGGGAGUUGGCUAAUAAACUAUUUGGACAUGUACUAACUCUUAGCAUUCAGAUGUAUGGUUGUCGAGUUAUCCAAAAGGCAAUAGAGGUUGUUGAUCUGGACCAGAAGACAAAAAUGGUUACUGAGCUUGAUGGUCAUAUCAUGCGAUGUGUGCGUGAUCAAAAUGGAAACCAUGUUAUCCAGAAAUGUAUUGAGUGUAUACCAGAAGAUUCCAUUCAGUUUAUUAUCUCGACAUUCUAUGGUGAAGUCGUUACACUGUCCACUCACCCCUAUGGCUGCAGAGUCAUACAGAGAGUACUGGAGCAUUGCACUGAUACAAACACACAGCAAAUUGUCAUGGAUGAGAUAUUGCAAUCUGUAUGCAUGCUGGCACAAGACCAGUAUGGAAAUUAUGUUAUCCAGCAUGUUAUGCAGCAUGGGAAGCCUCAUGAACGGUCUUUUAUUAUUGAAAAGCUAGCUGGACAGAUCAUCCAGAUGAGCCAACAGAAAUUUGCCUCAAAUGUUGUCGAGAAGUGUCUAACAUUUGGAGGACCUUCAGAGCGGGAAGUUAUCAUAAAUGAAAUGCUUGGAACUACUGACGAGAAUGAGCCUCUCCAGGCCAUGAUGAAGGAUCAGUUUGGUAACUAUGUUGUACAGAAAGUACUAGAGACUUGUGAUGAUCAGCAGAGAGAGCUGAUUCUUUCACGAAUAAAGGUUCAUUUAAAUGCACUGAAGAAAUAUACAUAUGGGAAGCACAUUGUUGCUCGAGUGGAAAAACUUGUUGCUGCUGGUGAGAGGAGGAUUGGACUUCAGUCGUCGCAGUAUCCUUCCUAAUGGCAUAGGAAUGACCAUGUACAGCUAACCAUGGCCACCGAGAUCUACCUUCUGCCGCCUGCUUUUGGGCUGCUUCAAGCCAAGUUAGAAAUAAACAUGUUGUACUGAGACUUUGUACAUUUUGUAGUUUGAGCUUAUAGUCGUGUCAGGGUUUGGCUCAGCGAGUUUAUCUACCUGAUGCCACCGCGGAGAAGAUAGGCGUCAUGUAUAAGUUGUCGUCUAGGUGUAAAAAGGGGAGGAGAGUCGAUAUUUUGCGAGUGUACAAAUCUGCAAUCCUGAGAGAGAAAGCUAUCAGAGCUGUCUAGAACAAAUUUGAUCGCCAUCCCGUGUGUAUAACUGAGUAUGAAGUUAGCUGCGUUCAUUUCCUGUAA